GUUACUACUAUUUACUAUAUUACUAUUGUUUUUGUUCAGUAGAUAAAAUCAUCAUCUCCAUCGAAGAUGGAUUAACCCUUUCCCCCAACUCCUAGCUUCUCAUCCUUAUCAAAAUGAAUCUAGUUGUUAAUUAAAUUCAAUUCAGGACAUGACAAGAAGCUAAAAGUUUAUAUAAAAGGAUAAAAGUUUCAGUUCCGAAACCCUUCCGGAUUCUUGAAUCCACUGAAUGAAGCUCGUUAAUCUUGGUUUCUUCGUAAUCCGGAAGGCUGUCUUCCACCCUUCACCGUUGUCUGCAACGGCCUUGCAACUAUUGUAGCGACACAAUAGUUGCAACUCGGAACGUUCCACUGUUUUUCUCUAUUGUUUUUCUCUCACAAUCUUAGUUGUUUUUGUUAGUGCGACUAUCGUUCUUUGUUGUUUUUCAGCUUUUCUGCCAAAAUGGCCGUUUCUGACGUUUCUCAGAAAUGUUACGUAAUCACUUCGAAAAUUAAAAAUUUUAAAAUACGGGAAUAUCCUGGCCUUCACCGUUCUACUAAUCAUCCGAAUAACGUCGUUAAUCCUUCAAAAUCAUUAACUCGGAAGGUUCACUGCUAAAAUUUCGAAAUCUGCAGAGAUUGCAUUUUGGCACAUUCUGGUCGAAUGUCACAAAGGAAGAAGCUGUUUUCCCAGAGACCAGGUUUGUUGAAUUUGGUGUAGUGAUAAUCAGUAGUUAGAAAUAGAGGGCCACCACGGCUGCCCUGUUAUUCAUUUUUAACUGAAAAUAACUAUUAAAUAAGUAAACCGCGGAUGCGGAUUUCAUCGGGUUCUUUGGGUUUCGUUUUCUUUGUAAUAGUGGUUUCGCUAGUGCUGGACAAGAUAGGAUCUUUUUAAGAUUUCUUUUUUUUCUCUAUCUUUGAGCCACAAGUGGUUGCAAUUUUUCCACCAGACAUUUCUGUAGGCAUUUGUUUUUUUAUUUGAUGAAAGAUCUUCUUUGAUUUGAUUGAAAGUUUUGCCAGGUGUCAUUCUUGCUGUUUCCCAAUGCUUAAUAAGCAAAUCUCGGCGGUUGUUGUCCACGCAUUUGUUGCAGAGAAGAAGAAAAAAAUUGAAUUGUACGCCAUGAACGAAUGGAUUGCUUCGGGUGUGAACCCCGUACACUACUGGCGGAAGUGCAUUGAGGUUCCACUAGAAACACUUGUGAACUGUUCAUCGUCGGGUUUUAUUGCACUAGUACAUGUGCCACAGUUCAUGGGUGCCAUUGUAAUGUAUGCAGGGUUUUGGAUAUGAGAUUUAGUUAGCAGGAUUUGAAGCGAGGCCGGGGUUGAAUCUCCCAGUGGUCGAUUUUGUUUUUUUUCCGCUUUUCUCUAUCGAUCACGUGUCGGUCGCGGUGACUGAGAUCGAACCUUGCAGUGGUCGCUUUUGUACACUGAUUGCUCGUCUGAUCGUUCGCGUCAACUUGUCUCUCGUCAAUCAGCAGCAACCAUGUCCAUAUAUGAAACUAUUUAUUAAGUUCAUCUCUCUAAAACAGUGCAUACGCUAGAAACAUUCCAAAAAUGCGUGCUAAAAUGGGUGCUACAUGACUAUUCGACGAAAUACCAAUCGCUGCCAGAAAUAGUCAACAUGCUCCCUCUUUCUCUCAAUCUUUCAAAAAUAUAUCAAACAUCUGCAACCGACUUCAAACUGGAACUCUUGCAUCAGUAGUCGAUCAUUACUGGAGAAAUUCGAACUCCCUAAAGUAAGAACAGAAAAAGCACGAACUGGGUUCUGCUUCAGAACAUUCCGAAUUGCCAACUAUCUAUCCCUAUGUGUGGACUUUUACAAUCCACUCGGACUAAAAAAAAUCGCCUCAACAAAUUUUUGGGAUUGGGAUUACUUCAGAAACAAAUACAAUCACCACAACUGUACAUGGGGGGAAUUCACAAUACCUACCAGUCGAAUUGCAAACAGAAUUGACAAACACGUUGAUUUCACAAACAAAACUGGACUCAAGAACCGAAUCCUACAACUGAUGUGGAAUUUCAUGGAUGAAAAGUACAACGAAAACAAUAUUUGCACUUGGCAACUUGCAUGCGAUUGCAACCAAUGCAGAAAUAAGUGGACAAUCUUCUAAUAAAAACGGAAAGGGAGCAACACCCAUCAGCCUUGUGCUGUAAAUCCACUACAACAACAACAACAACAACAUGGCAGUACGCGUGUGACUGUCACUCAUGUAGAAACAACUGGAGACAUAGGAAAUUCAUAACAACAUCAUUCUUUCUCGAAAAGAAUUGUAAACGACUUGAAUUCGCUCCCGAAAGAUAUAGUUUAAGCACCAUCGAUCAACUUCCGCCACCCUCUGCGUCAAGCUCAUUUCAUUUAAGAUUCUCACUGACCAGUGCAAGCUGGUAAUAGUAAAUUUCACUGGUAGCACUAUGCUGAUAGUUUCAUUUCCAGGAGAUGAGUGGUGGUCUUCUACAGAUCGUGGUUGUGGUGACCUUAUUGUUGGAUUUUUUGGAUUGAAAAAGAUUGAUGAGUUCCUGAGUAAUAGUUGUUGGAGUAUUGUCAGCUGUAAAAUGCCCUGGAACAAUCCUAGGGCUUACGCAACGAAGUGCACGACUGCUGAGACCAUCCACCAAAUUGACAUCAAAAACUUCUGCUUGCUCGUAAUUUUUAAAUUACAGUUGCGGCAGACGUAGAUCUGGGACAGGAGUGUUUUUUUUUAUGCCGGCUUUGAGGAAACUGCAGGAUCAACAGCGAAGAAUGACACUGCAGUUGACGAAAGCGAUGAGAUCCAAUGAUUGAAGGUGUAGAAGGAAUCAAUACUGGAAGCAGUUGGAGAUCGAAGUGCUUACUCAUGCUGAAUACCCAAGUCACUGUAUUAUUCAGAUUUAUUGGUAUCCGGGCCAAGUGAAAGUAAUAGAACACACUUGUAUGGUCACAGUCUGCAAAUGCUCCUUUCCAACUAGAAAAAUUUCCUGGGGGAACAAAUAAGUGUUUGUGCCUUAAAGAGAUUCAGUAACAACAGUAGUGAAAAGUGUCAGACAAUGAUAAUAUUGACAGAAAAGUGUCAAGGAAAGACCAAGAGAAAAACGCGGCACAGUCUGCAAAACAGCUUUUGGGGAAACCGAGAAAAAAAGCUGACCCCCACUGCCUUGUCAUAAGUUGUGUGCAGCAGUGCAAAGGAAUUAGGGGACUGCCUCCAACAAUCUCAAAAACUCCCUAAACCUGCUACUCGGCACUAAAACUAAAUCUGCAGUGUCAAUGCCUCUAGAUGAAGAAAAGAUGAAAAAUUAAGACAGCUGAAAAAAGCUGCGAAGAAUUGAUACGUUUGAAACAUUUGAACUAAAUAGGAGACAAACAAUGCUACAUCGAAGAAGAAAAAAAUGAUUUAAUUGUUCACCAUGCCAUUUCAGCUGACAAUUGUAACUUGUAAAUGUUUUCUUGUUUAUUUGAUUGCGGUGACACAUAUUUGUUUUGAGGUAAUCUGAGAUUUUAUUUAGUUUUUUUUAAUGAAAAAUGAGUGCUUAAGUUAUAAAAAAAAAAAAAUUUAAAUCUAUUGUUUUAAAGCUGCUAGGUUGCUUUCAGUUUUCCAGGAAAGUUGUUUACUUUGUGGCGUCCUGGUCAGGUUAGAGUAGUUUUCCCUCCAAUGAGAAAGACUCGAUUUUUCUCAGAAAAAGGAUUCCUUUGAAGGUUUUAACUAUAAAAAAAUAAGCGUUUAAAUUUAAAAAAAUGAUCAGAACAUGAAAAUGAUCUUUUAAAGGCUUACUUAAGUGGUCAUUUUUGUCCCAUGAUACCUAAAGAAUUUUGCAUCCUUCAAAGCCCUUCGUCAAUGAUUGAGCAAGUACGAGUUUUAAUUCUUGGAACGAACGCCCGGUAAUAGUGUACUUGUUUGGUCCCUCAAAAAUGCUGUGACCAAAUUGAUACCCCCCCCCCUCAAAGUAAGAGUCCUCGGCUGAUUAAAAGGAAGAUGUGUACUUGAUCUGAGUUUUUUUGCAUGUGAUUUCGAAUAAUUUAUUGGUGAUUUUCAUCACAAAAAUGUUUUUUAUAACCCAGUUGCAUAUGGUAAUUUAUUGUUACAAAAUAGGAUGUUUUGGCCACUCAAACGGCUGCCGUCAUUUAUAAAGCCAACCAACAGCUAUUGUGUGAGUGGCUAUUGUAUAUUGUCACAAGUCACAAAAGGUUUCAACUGGUUGUUACCUCUCUCUUAUGUGAAUGUGUUUUUAGUUACGCGUUUGCCAAUUGAAGCGAAUUAGUGAUAGCUGUGAACUGUGCUUGAAGAGACUUGCUUUUACGCGUUUCGUCAGAUUUGAACAUAAUCGAACAAAUCGUGCUUUAAAAUUAUUAUUUUUAAAAACUGAUAUUAGUUUUUGUAUACGUUGUGAUAAUGCAAAGACUUAUAAUUUAUUCUUUCAAACUUAGUUUUUGAAAAAGCAUAGAAAACAAUCCUGUUGAUUGCGUUUGAAGAGAUGCUGUGUGGGCUUUAUCACUGAUCCAUACUCUUAUGUCUCUGAAAAAUUCGCGUCACGUUAAUGGUAGUAUGCCGAUUCGGAUAUCCAAGAGAUAUCCCAAGAAACAGAAAUCUGUCAUUAUUUCGUCAGAAUUCCGAACACCUAGCAACGAUGAAGCUAGUUUUAAAAUUUCUAGAAUUGCAGAGGAUAAAGAAAAUUGUGUUAACCCUAGUUUAAAUUCCCUAGAAAACGGCGAAUUAUCUAAUUUUAGUUCUAACCAUCAAAAUUACUUGGUUAAUGAACUCGAUGUCAUAUUGGAACAAGAAGCAGUUGAAUCGCAUGGUCGUUUUCGGGUUGUGCAAAGCCCGGUGGAAUCAGUUAUAGACGGAUCUUCACUGAGUGAGCAUGCAUUCUCUCCCCUCUCUACACCCGUGGGUGAUCCGCCAGUGUCCUGUGGCACGACCGAGAUCCGCAGUCGAGCCUCAUCCUCCUCGGGUAGCAUCGGCCGAGUAAAAUCGAACAGAUGCAAAAGAAACACUUCCUCUUCCAAUCAGAGCGCAAAUAAUGGAGAUGCUAAUGCAGCUGGAUCUAGUCAGAAGCUACACUCUCCGUUACAGGCAGAAGAUUAUGAGCGAUAUGUGAACAGAGCCAUAGAAAGCUAUGGGGCAGACGAGGCCUCCUCUCUAGAUGAGUCAUUUGAGGAUGCUUCCAGCAACAGACUGUCCUCUUACAUCCAGGGAUACCCCUCAGUGGACGAGGAGGAGUCCAGACUAGGAGCAGUCAGUGGGAGGGGCAUGAGUGGCGGGGGUGGGGGCAAGAGUGGGGUCAGUUGGAGGCGCCAGAGGAGCACACGCAUAUCGGCACUGCUCACCUCUGGAAAUAGUACAGACCGGUCUAGCACAUACUCGUGGGGAGAAGAUGAGUUUGACAAGCAUGCGACCAAGUGUGUGGCCUCCAUGUUCGAGGAGAUUGACCAGGUGCUGUUCGAAGACCGCAAGUCCAGGAAUGCAGUGCUCAACAAGGAGUGCAAGGAGUGGACCAGCGAGUUCACUUACAUCAGGGUUCUGGGAAGCAGUGUCUGCAAUUCAGAAAACAGCGAUUUUCUGUCAUCUAUUGGAGUAUCUACCCCAGUCCCGACGACCAGACACCAAAGUAAGGCUAGCCGGAAUUCUCUUCCGACAAAUGGGGACGGAACCUCGUCUCUCAGCCAGCUCAAUGAAUCCGAAACCAGCAGUAGUGGGUUCCAUUCGGAUACUGUUAAUAAUGGAUCGGCAUCUACGCAGGGUUACCGAACAAGUUCCGAUGUGACGAAUGAAUCGCCAAGUGUUUCUACGAGCGGAGGAGGCAAAACAGGAGCACUGGUGAAAAGAAACUCGAGUCAGCAGAUUGCUAGGCGCUCUUCGGAUUUGAACGCUACAGAUAGCUCGUCAUCAAUUACAAAUGAUUACUGUGUGAUGGGAAUGGGAAUGGGUAUCAACCGAGUGCCCUCUCCAACAGUCCCUUCCUUUGAUCACUACCAGGCCCACACCCCCCUGGGACCCCUGGAUAUGUAUGUUGAGGAGACAUUCGAGGAAGAGGGAGAGAUUGAGGAAGUGUUCGCCUAUGACAAUCAGGAAUUGUCGACGGAGGCGCCGGAUGGAGGAGAGAUGGCGAAUACGGAGACGAAGUUCCACGUGCCCAGGAAGAAGCGAAGGGGAUUCCCUCCUGUCACGCCCUUCGCAUGUACAAGAGACACCACAUUCGACAACGUGCUUCAAGCUUGUUGGCCAGAGAUCAUCCGUAUUUCCUUGAAUUACAUCAGCAAACGUGUGGCCAACAUAUCCGACAAAUUGUCCGACGACAUUCAGGACAACUUGGUCACCCCAGACAGCCAACUGUCUCCCCACAGCAAAGAACAGCUAGUUUCCAUGCAACAAGCAGGCAGGCUGGGAUCUAUUGUGGGUGGGGGGGCAAACAUGACCUCCUCGCAGAUCAGACUAGGAACUGCUAAUUCACAGGCCACAGCUGUCGAACUGAGUGAUGUUCUAUCCAUUGCACCCAAACGAAUUGUGUAUCGAAGAGAGGAUCCGGCGACUAACUCCACAACCAACUUCUACUUCAACCCCAACUCCAAGAACCAACACCUCUCACUGGUUGCCAACGGAACUGCUAUCUCAAACAAUGUGGUGACGAAAAACAGAUACCCUUCAGCGAAGACGAGAUUGCAGCCGAUCUCCAUGGCCAGGAACAAGCAGAGGGGAAGUGUCAUCAGUGGACCCUUCAGUGGACUGUCCAACUACCUCAUACACUCGAACGCCACCCAAGCGGCCUCAGGACCUUCGAUGGUACAUAACCCGAUGGUGGUGCGGAAAUUGUUCCCCGAAACGCAAAUGGCGGCUGACCGAAUCAUGACCCCUCCGAUAACCCUAGGUGGUGGGGGAGGGGGUUAUAGGUAUAACCAGCUACCGCCUAUAGACCCGACUCAGGAGUCUGAUUUCCAAAACCCUCCUCUCCCCGCGGCCAGUCAGAAUAACAAGACUGUGAAAGCGAUAUCGAGUGGAAACAGCAGUAAGAACAAUCCAAACUCGCGUGUGUUCAGCGCGAGGACAGAUGAAAUAGGCGUGAAAAGGGCGGUGAAAACCUUCGCUUUGCAGAAAGAGAAUUACUUCAUUGAUUACAGCAGACCUAGCACAACAGCUGAAAUAAGGGACGAAGUUCCGUCGUCACCCCUGGGAAACUCGAAGUGGCACCCCUACUCACUCUACCACACUCAAACACCCCCUCAGAUAUCCCCACUGGUGACCACCACCACCACCACCGCCGCCCACCUACUGAGGAGUCGCAACUCACAGGACUUCCUCAGUCAGGGUCUAGUUGGCAAUGGAAUAGUGGGCGUCUCUAUGAACCUCAACUACAGAGAGGACAGUACGUUGAGUGACGAGACUGUGGGGGGAGGGGGAAAUUAUGGGGGGACCAAUAUGUAUGGGGGUCAACAUAAUCAUCAUCAUCAUCCAAGCUCACAGGGCCAACAGCACCAGUAUCCACAGCAGCAGCAGCAGCAGCUUAUGCACGGCAACAAUAACUACAGCAACAACAACUAUCACAUGCACUACGCGCUAAAUCAUCAGCACCACGGAGGAGACCCUUCGUAUGGCAACCCUGAUCAACAGCAGCCGAAUUCCAGACCCUCUUCAAGACAUCCCAGAAAUACGAAAUUAGGAACAGCGCGGUAACUUCUGGCUCCUAUCGACGUUUAACCAUCUGCAUUCAUGACGUCAUUACAGAACGACAUUUCGCAUGAAAUUUGACAUGAAACUUCUAUUUUAUUUGUUCUCUAUUUUUUUCUCCUGAGACUGGGCAUUAUGUCUAGUUUCACUCAACAUUGGUGCUAUUUUAUAAAAUUCUAUUCUAUUUUUGUGACAGUAUUUUCUUUCCCUCUAUUUAGAUGCUUAAAUGUCCCCCAACAAAUUGUAAAUACUUUUGGUUUCCUCCUCAAUUUAUUGCAUAUCGAAUUGGAAAAUAGAUUAUGAAUAUAUACUACAGAUAUUA